AUGAAAACACCUGUAAGCAUAAUCAUUUGUAAAAGUAGCAGCCCUUCAAAAUCCAAAAACUUUCAAUUUAGUUUCAAACCCUAAUUCCCUCCGCUUUUCCCCAAUUCAGAGCAUGCUAGAGAUGCUGGACAACAAUGGCGUUCCCAUCAGCUCGGUAAACGCCACACCCGCCCGCGUUUCCACCAUAAGCGUGGUGGAUCACUGCCUCCCCUACAACACCCACAACCUAUACGAUGUCACUUUCAACACCCACACCAUCUACACCCUCCUCACCUCCGAUCCCUCCCUCGUCCACUCCUGGAUCUCCACCAAUGUUCGCAGCCAUCAAACUGGGCUCAUGGUGGGUCUGGACAUCGAAUGGCGGCCCAACACGCAGCGGAACAUGCAGAACCCCGUCGCCACGCUCCAACUCUGCCUGGGCCAACAUUGCCUCGUCUUCCAGAUCCUUCGCUCCCCUUCCAUCCCUCCUUCCCUUGUUUCCUUCCUCGCCGAUCCCAAUGUCACCUUCUUUGGCGUUGGGAUCCAAGAAGACGCCAAGAAGCUUCUAGGAGACUACAAUAUCCGAGUUGUUAAUAUUCGUGACCUUCGCUCUCUCGCUGCGGAGAAGCUUCGUGACACGACACUGAACCGGGCCGGGAUUAAGUCGUUGGGCCUCCGCGUGCUGGAUUUGGAUGUUGAAAAGCCCAAACGGAUCACGAGGAGUUGGUGGGACAAUCCCAGGCUCACUCCACAGCAGGUUCAGUAUGCUACGGUUGAUGCCUUUCUGUCUUACGAGAUUGGACGCAGUUUGAGUGUAUUGACUCCUACACCUGAUGCCUCUUCCCAGCCUUAUGAAAUGUGUGGAAUAGCAAUGACUCCUAGACCUCCUAUCUCUUCCCAGCCUUCUGAGAUGUGUGGAAUAGCAAUGGCUCCUAAACCUCCUUUCUCUUCCCAGCCUUCUGAGAUGUGUGGAAUAGCAAUGACUCCUAGACCUCCUGCCACUUUCCAACCUUCUGAGAUGUGUGGAAUAGCAAGGGCCAUAGAGACAAUGGCCGCUGCUAUACAACAUCAAAGUGCAGUGAUAGUUGAAACUCAUCGGACUUUCAUGCAGCAGUGGGAAGCUGCCAGAGUAACUACUGCUGCAUCUGUUCCCUGUGUUGGAGAGUUUUCUCCUCUGGAAGAGAGAGCAGAAAUGGUGAAGAGGUCAGAAGUUGUGCCUAACGGGGUGGUUUGCCAACAGAAGGGAGAAUCUUCAGGAGAGAUGGCCAAGAGAAAUCAGCAUAAGCCAGGUGAUAGAUCUCCGUAUCAGAGGACUGGGGCAUCCUCUUCCCAACCUUUGCAGUCAGAAUCCAUGAGUAUGAAGUGUUAUCGAUGUAAAAGGUCACAUCUUCAAGGAAAUUGUUCUAAACAAUCGGCAGAAAAGAAGUGUUUUGUGUGUCAGAAGGAAGGCCAUUAUGCAAGAGUUUGUCCAGAUAGGAAAGGACAAGUUGCUACAGGAGAAGUACAACAAAGAGGAGAAAAUGGUGGCAGACCCCAAGUGGUGGAGAAGAGGUGUCGUCGUUGUGAUGGACCUCAUUUGGUAAAGGAUUGUCAUGCUGAUAAAAAAUCUGAUAAGAAGUGUUAUGUGUGUCAAAGUGGAGGGCAUCUAGCCCGAGAUUGCCCAACCAGGGGAGAACAACUUGAUACAAAGGAUUGUCAUCAGCUUACUGAUAAGAAGUGUUAUGUGUGUCAAAGAGGAGGACAUCUAGCCCGAGAUUGUCCGAACAGGGGAGAACAACUUGAUACAGGGAGAGUGCAACAAGGAAGGGUGGAGGGUGAAAGUGUUGAAUGUAUUUGAUAAGAGUGUACUGACUUUCCAUGAUUAAAAAUAUGAAGAGGUUGGUAUAGGUAGGAGUGGUGGGUUGCAGUGAGAUUGUUAGAGGACUGUUAGGAGUUGUAUCUACCUCUAUUUAUAUAGUUGUGUUUUAUACAUUCCUUUGAGUAUUAAAACAGGUUCUAAAUUUUGAAAGACUGAAUAUUUUGUUCAGAGAAUUGUAAAAUACAAUGUAUACAUUUCAGUGAUGAUCUAUGCUUAAUACCUAAUUUGUAAUGCUUUAA